AAGAAGUACACAAUGGCUGGCACUAAGCUAGUUGCGCUUGGCUUCAUUGUUCUCCUGAGCAUGAGCUUAGCCAAUGCUGCAAGAGUGGUUGGAUACUCGAGCGCUGAUGGGUAUGGCAAUGGAGAGGGAGGGUGUGUUGGUUAUGUAAAUGGUGGUGGCUCAGGGUCUGGUAGUGGUUAUGGGUUUGGUCAAAGUGACAAUAACGGUGCUCAUGCAAUAGCGGCAGGCAGUGGCGGCGGUGAUGGUGCUAGCCAAUAUGGUGGAUAUGAAUCUGGUGCUGGGGAUGGUUCAGGUUCAGGGUCUAGCCAAUAUGGUAAUGGGGACGAUUCUGGUUAUGGUGGCAAUUCUAGUGCAAGCGGUGCUGGUGGUGGUAGUGGGGGUGGACAAGCAGGAGGCUCUUACAACUCGAUUGGUAGUGGAUCUGGUAGUGGCACCGGUUAUAGUUCUAGCAACUCUAACAAUAACGGGUGGAGCUCUAACACAGGUGCAAGUGCUAGUGGCACUGGCGGAGGCAAUGGGAGUGGCCAGGAUGGUGGGAGUGGUGGUGGCGGAGGAGGUGGAUCUGGGUAUGGUGAUGCCUCUCCUUAG